UUCUAAUGGAUUCUGUCUAAAGUGACAGAUAAACCCCCACAGACUCCCGCCUGCCAACAGCACGUGCAGCACAAUAUACGGAUAUGACCUUGCCCGGGCUCUAUUAGAGAAUUGGAAAUAUCGACGAAGAAGGACAUUGGAGCUUGCUACUGCUACAAGUAAUUGCUUCCCAACAACACACGUGAAAUGCACCAGCAUGCUUCUGUUUGAACGUAACUUCACGCCGGCCUUCUAGAUUCGGUCGUGUUUCAAGUCAUGUUGGGGUGAGUGAGCUCUGUCUUCUAUCGCUGUCAGAGAAUUUAGUCAAAAUCGCAGAUACUACAGCCAUUCCUGUACAGGAUGUAUGUAGAAAGUAUUAUCUCCAGUCUGGAGCGUUCGCUUUCGGAAUCCAUUUGUCAGAGAGAGCAUCUUCAGGACAUAACCGAUGAAUGUGUUCUAGACAUACACAGGCGAACGGGAUUUCUACAUGCCGCCAUUGAUGAGAUAGAUAAAGAUUUCACAAAACGAAUUCUAGAUUUACAGAACACUGAAUUGGAUAGGCUGUCAAAACAUGAGCAGCAAAUACAACGAUUUCUAGUGGAGCUGUCGGCCAGAAAAACAGCAACAAUGAAACAAUGUACAGAGUUAUCUUUCCAUGAUUCCAUUGAUAUUUCUGAUCACAACAUGGAACUGGAAUUGUUAGAUGAAGAACUUAGAAAAGUUCAAAAACUAACUGAUCUAGAACGGAUUUGUUUGAAUUUUAAACCAGCAAGUGUCUCCAAAGACGAUCUCAACCCCAUAUUUGGAUCGAUAGAUUUUUUCCACAUAACUCUGCCGUCCUCUUUUACAACAGAAUCUCAGGCACCUGUCCAGUCUCCAAGAUUUUCGAUAAAAAAGUUAGCUUGCUUUACUUGCAAGGAAAUGUCCCCAAACAUUCACGCGCUGUUGCCAAUUUCAGCAACCGAGGCUUGGAUUUGCUGUGGUUGGGGUAGCAAAGAUAUCCAUCUCUACGACGUGGACGGUUAUAAGAAAGCGUCUUUAACCUUAGAUGUAGGUGUGGAUCAUAUGGUUAUGACAUCAAGUGGAGAUCUUUUGGUUUCUAGCUACAAUGGAACAGUGAUAACAAGAGUUGAUGAACAUCUUCAGAUGACGACGUUUGCUGUCCUCAAUUUUAUACCUCGGGGAAUGGCUGUGUCUGAUUCACGGGAAGUAUACGUCUGUGGCGUGGAGAGACUUUCGGGAAAGAGUGAAAGCAAUCGUUAUUUAAUCGUUAAGAUGUCAGAAGAGGGUCACGUGAUCUCUGAUAUUGACGUUGCACCACAUGAUCCUCACAGAAUUGCCGUGGAUUCUUGUGGGAACAUGUUUUUCUCGGAUUAUAACGGUAGCAGACGAGAGUUUGUCGUCAUGGAUACUGUUGGAAAUGUCAAGGUCAAAUACAACACGCCUCCUGGCGACCCCCUUGAUAAUCCGUUUUACCCUCUAGGCGUGACACGUGACCGAUAUGGUCACGUGCUUGUGUCGGACUGGAAUAACGACUGCAUUCAUUUGCUGGAUAAAGACGGAAAUUUCGUCCGGUAUUUGCUAAGGUCUGGAGACGGAGUAGAAUGUCCGUCUGCUCUAGGAAUAGAUCGGGAACACAGACUUUGGGUUGGGAACGGUAUUGGAUGUGUCAGUGUGUAUCAGUACGUGAUAUAGAAACGUGUGUGUCUGAUGUUAUACAUGUAUAUAUGUAUAUGGUGAGAUGAUAAGAUAAAUGUCAGUCUGCCACAACGAGCUUACAAGUAAACUGCUACGGGUAUCUGUAAUAUUUGUGUCAUAAAAAAUCAAUCGAACGUUUUAUAUUUUAAAUGCUGUAAUACGCAUAUAUCAUUGAAAACAUAAUUAAUUUCAA